CGCACAUCAAUAAUGAGGUUGCUCUCUCUACAAUGAUUGCCCUUACUCUUUCUUUCUUUCUUUCCUUCUUUCUUUCAUUCCUUACUCAGUCCUACAGCUACAGACUCGACAGCUUCCAGAGAUGGGACACAUUUUCAACAGCACACUGCAACCAAGGCUGCAGGAUUGACCAGGGCUCGGGGACGCCACCAGAACUGCGCCCGCAUUCUAUCAAUGGGCCAGCCUCGACCACUCACUCUUUCCGAUGUCAAGAUUACCUACGCUGGCAGUCGUCGUAGUCAUGUCAGUCAGCCCAUCGUCAAGGGUUUUGUAAAAUAACCAUGACUGCCAUUAGU